AUGGCAGAUGUAAAAGUGUUUCUAAAUAGCAGCCUUCCUGUUGGUACUGUUGACAGAGAAACCGAAACCUUACGAUUACUAGAUCCAGAGGGGGUUGAAAUCCGUUUAAGGUGAAAGUUGAUGCGCAGACAGUACAAAGCACCGGGGCCUAACUUUAUUUGGCACAUCGACGGAUAUGACAAGUUAAAACCAUUUGGGUUUUGUAUUCAUGCCGCAAUUGAUGGAUACAGCCGUAAAGUUUUGUGGCUAAGCGUGGGUUCUUCAAACAACGACCCAAAAGUAAUUGCCAAAUAUUUUAUCUACUAUGUCCGACAGGUUGACGGAAUACCACGUGUGAUUCGUGGUGAUGCAGGCACAGGAAAUGGGGAUGUUGCAGGGAUUUAAAGGUUUUUUCGUCGGAGUGGUACUGAUGAAUUUGCUGGCGAGAAAAGCUUUCUUUAUGGAAAAUCUGUUUCAAACCAACGCAUAGAAGCGUGGUGGUCGACACUUCGAAAAACAAACUGCGACUGGUUGAUAAACUUCUUCAAGGACCUGAGGGAUAGAGGAGACUAUUGUGAUGCUGAUCCGAUUCAUGCAGAAUGUCUUAAAUUUUGUUUUAUGGAUGUCAUUCAAAAAGAGCUUGAUGAUGUAAUGAAUUGGAACUUGCACCGAAUACGGUCGCAAAAUGUUGAAUCCCCUUCAGGAAGGCCUGAUGUUCUUUACUUUUUGCAAGGACUAGAAGACACUCAAGACUAUAAAAUGGUGGUUUUAGAGGAGGACUUGGGAAUAGUUGAUGAAUCAUGUUGCCGCCAAGUACCAAAGUGCAGCAAAGAAUUUGAAGAGAUCGCAGAAAUUUUAAUGACCGAACAUGAUCCUCAUUCACCCAAUGAUGAUGAAGAAGCAUUGAUACUCUAUUUUGAAUUACUUCAGCAAAUUGAAAACAUAUAA